CCUCAGUUCGCGCUGCGCCUCGGCUUCGAGCGUAGCGGCGCCGGCUCCGCGAGCCCAGCGGCGCGUACAGCCUGCGGCCGCGCCGACGAUGCGGGGCCGCUCCGCGCCCGCCCCAGUCCCGGCCCCGGCCCCCGCGGGAAGUGGCUGAGCCACCGCCGCCCGGAUGGCGAGCCUGGCCGCGCUCGCCCUCAGCCUGCUCCUGCGGUUGCAGCUGCCGCCGCUACCCGGCGCCCGGGCGCAGAGCGCCGCAGGUGGCUGUUCCUUUGAUGACCACUACAGCAACUGUGGUUACAGCGUGGCCCUGGGGACCAAUGGGUUUACCUGGGAGCAGAUUAACACGUGGGAGAAACCAAUGUUGGACCCAGCGGUGCCUACAGGAUCCUUCAUGAUGGUGAACAGCUCUGGGAGGGCCUCUGGCCAGAAGGCGCACCUUCUCCUGCCGACCCUGAAGGAGAAUGACACCCACUGCAUCGAUUUCCAUUACUACUUCUCCAGCCGCGACAGGUCCAGCCCGGGGGCCUUGAAUGUCUAUGUGAAGGUGAACGGUGGGCCCCAGGGGAACCCUGUCUGGAACGUGUCUGGGGUCGUCACUGAGGGCUGGGUGAAGACAGAGCUUGCCAUCAGCACCUUCUGGCCACAUUUCUACCAGGUGAUAUUUGAAUCCGUCUCUCUGAAGGGUCAUCCUGGCUACAUCGCUGUGGACGAGGUCCGGGUCCUUGCCCAUCCAUGCAGAAAAGCACCUCAUUUUCUGCGGCUCCAAAAUGUCGAGGUGAACGUGGGGCAGAAUGCCACCUUUCAGUGCAUUGCUGGUGGAAAGUGGUCUCAGCAUGACAAACUUUGGCUCCAGCAAUGGAAUGGCAGGGACACGGCCCUCAUGGUCACCCGCGUGGUCAACCACAGGCGCUUCUCGGCGACAGUCAGUGUGGCGGACACUACCCAGCGGAGUGUGAGCAAGUACCGCUGUGUGAUCCGCUCUGACGGUGGCUCUGGUGUGUCCAACUACGCUGAGCUGAUUGUGAAAGAGCCUCCCACACCCAUCGCCCCCCCAGAGCUGCUGGCCGUGGGGGCCACAUACCUGUGGAUCAAGCCGAAUGCCAACUCCAUCAUUGGAGACGGCCCCAUCAUCCUGAAGGAGGUGGAGUACCGCACCACCACCGGCACCUGGGCAGAGACCCACAUCGUCGACUCUCCCAACUAUAAGCUGUGGCACCUGGACCCCGAUGUGGAGUAUGAGAUCCGGGUACUGCUCACGCGACCAGGGGAAGGGGGCACGGGACCACCAGGGCCUCCCCUCACCACCAGAACCAAGUGUGCAGACCCGGUGCACGGCCCGCAAAACGUGGAGAUCGUGGACAUCCGAGCCCGGCAGCUGACGCUGCAGUGGGAGCCCUUCGGCUACGCGGUGACCCGCUGCCACAGCUACAACCUCACGGUGCAGUACCAGUACGUGUUCAACCAGCAGCAGUACGAGGCCGAAGAGCUCAUUCAGACCUCCUCCCACUACACCCUGCGGGGCCUGCGCCCCUUCAUGACCAUCCGGCUGCGGCUGCUGCUGUCCAACCCCGAGGGCCGGAUGGAGAGUGAGCAGCUGGUGGUGCAGACGGAGGAGGAUGUUCCAGGAGCUGUUCCUCUAGAGUCCAUCCAAGGGGGUCCCUUUGAGGAGAAGAUCUACAUCCAGUGGAAACCUCCCAAUGAGACCAACGGGGUCAUCACGCUCUACGAGAUCAACUACAAGGCCGUGGGCUCAUUGGACCCGAGUGCCGACCUCUCCAGCCAGAGGGGCAAAGUGUUCAAGCUUCGGAAUGAAACCCACCACCUCUUUGUGGGUCUGUACCCCGGGACCACCUACUCCUUCACCAUCAAGGCCAGCACAGCAAAGGGCUUUGGGCCCCCUGUUACCACCAGGAUCGCCACCAAAAUUUCAGCUCCAUCGAUGCCUGAAUAUGACACAGACACCCCACUGAAUGAAACAGACACGACCAUCACAGUGAUGCUGAAGCCCGCUCAGUCUCGGGGAGCCCCUGUCAGUGUUUAUCAGCUGGUUGUCAAGGAGGAGCGACUUCAGAAGUCACGGAGGGCAGCUGACAUCAUUGAGUGCUUUUCGGUGCCGGUGAGCUAUAGGAAUGCCUCCAGCCUCGAUUCUCUACACUACUUUGCUGCUGAGUUGAAGCCUGCCAACCUGCCUGUCACCCAGCCAUUUACAGUGGGUGACAACAAGACAUACAAUGGCUACUGGAACCCACCUCUUUCCCCUCUGAAAAGCUACAGCAUCUACUUCCAGGCACUCAGCAAAGCAAAUGGAGAGACCAAAAUAAACUGUGUUCGUCUGGCUACGAAAGCACCAAUGGGCAGCGCCCAGGUGACCCCGGGGACUCCACUCUGCCUUCUCACCACAGGUGCCUCCACUCAGAAUUCCAACACCGUGGAGCCCGAGAAGCAGGUGGACAACACUGUGAAGAUGGCCGGCGUGGUCGCCGGCCUCCUCAUGUUCAUCAUCAUUCUCCUGGGCGUGAUGCUCACCAUCAAAAGACGAAGAAAUGCUUAUUCCUACUCCUAUUACUUGAAGCUGGCCAAGAAGCAGAAGGAGACACAGAGUGGAGCGCAGAGGGAGAUGGGGCCCGUGGCCUCGGCCGACAAACCCGCCACCAAGCUCAGCACCGGCCGCAACGACGAAGGCUUCUCUAGCUCACAGGACGUUAACGGAUUCACAGAUGGCAGCCGUGGGGAGCUGUCCCAGCCCACCCUCACGAUCCAGACUCACCCCUACCGGGCCUGUGACCCCGUGGAGAUGAGCUAUCCCCGGGACCAGUUCCAGCCCGCCAUCCGGGUGGCUGACCUGCUCCAGCACAUCACUCAGAUGAAGAGAGGCCAGGGCUACGGGUUCAAGGAGGAAUAUGAGGCCUUACCGGAGGGGCAGACAGCCUCGUGGGACACAGCCAAAGAGGAUGAAAACCGCAACAAGAAUCGAUACGGCAACAUCAUAUCCUAUGACCAUUCUCGAGUGAGGCUGCUGGUGCUGGAUGGAGACCCACACUCCGACUACAUCAACGCCAACUACAUUGAUGGGUACCAUCGGCCUCGGCACUACAUUGCUACUCAAGGUCCCAUGCAGGAGACCGUAAAGGACUUCUGGAGGAUGAUCUGGCAGGAGAACUCGGCCAGCAUCGUCAUGGUCACAAACCUCGUGGAAGUGGGCAGGCACCCAGCGGGACACACUGUGGGAAAUGCCACUCUAAGCCGCUCGGCGUCCCCCGGAAUGGUGAAGUGUGUGCGAUACUGGCCGGAUGACAUGGAGGUCUACGGAGACAUUAAAGUCACCCUGAUCGAAACAGAGCCCCUGGCAGAGUACAUCAUCCGCACCUUCACAGUCCAGAAGAAAGGCUACCAUGAGAUCCGGGAGCUCCGCCUCUUCCACUUCACCAGCUGGCCCGACCACGGCGUCCCCUGCUAUGCCACCGGCCUCCUCGGCUUUGUCCGCCAGGUCAAGUUCCUCAAUCCCCCAGAAGCUGGGCCCAUAGUGGUCCACUGCAGUGCUGGUGCCGGGAGGACUGGCUGCUUCAUCGCCAUCGACACCAUGCUUGACAUGGCCGAGAAUGAAGGGGUGGUGGACAUCUUCAACUGCGUGCGUGAGCUCCGGGCCCAGAGGGUCAACCUGGUGCAGACGGAGGAGCAGUAUGUGUUUGUGCACGACGCCAUCCUGGAAGCGUGUCUCUGCGGCAACACGGCCAUCCCGGUAUGCGAGUUCCGCUCUCUCUACUACAAUAUCAGCAGGCUGGACCCCCAGACCAACUCCAGCCAAAUCAAAGACGAAUUUCAGACCCUCAACAUCGUGACUCCUCGCGUCCGGCCUGAGGACUGCAGCAUCGGUCUCCUGCCACGGAACCAUGAUAAGAAUCGGAGCAUGGAUGUCCUGCCUCUGGACCGCUGCCUGCCCUUCCUCAUCUCGGUGGAUGGAGAAUCGAGCAACUACAUCAAUGCGGCACUGAUGGAUAGCCACAAGCAGCCUGCCGCAUUCGUGGUCACACAACACCCUCUACCCAACACCGUAGCGGACUUCUGGAGGCUGGUGUUCGAUUAUAACUGCUCCUCUGUGGUGAUGCUGAAUGAGCUGGACACUGCCCAGCUCUGUAUGCAGUACUGGCCUGAGAAGACCUCGGGGUGCUACGGGCCCAUCCAGGUGGAAUUUGUCUCCGCAGACAUCGAUGAGGACAUCAUCCACAGAAUAUUCCGCAUCUGUAACAUGGCUCGGCCACAGGAUGGAUAUCGUAUAGUCCAGCACCUCCAGUACAUUGGCUGGCCUGCCUACCGGGACACACCCCCCUCCAAGCGCUCUCUGCUCAAAGUGGUCCGACGGCUGGAGAAGUGGCAGGAGCAGUACGAUGGGAGGGAGGGACGCACUGUGGUCCACUGCCUAAAUGGGGGAGGCCGCAGCGGAACCUUCUGUGCUGUCUGCAGCGUGUGUGAGAUGAUCCAGCAGCAAAACAUCAUCGAUGUGUUCCACAUCGUGAAAACAUUACGUAACAACAAGUCCAACAUGGUGGAGACCCUGGAACAGUAUAAAUUUGUAUACGAGGUGGCACUGGAAUAUUUAAGCUCCUUUUAGCCCAAUGGCGUGGAGAACCUGCCGGAGUCCAGAGGCUGCUGCAGCCAACCCCCUUUUCUGUGAACGGCAGCGACUGGGCUCAGGGGCUAAGCGGUGGCGCCCUGCCCAACUCCAGGAGAAGACUGGUGGGCCUGUGGUCCACGGUGGGCUCUGUACCUUCGGAGGAGUCUCCAGUUGCUGUGGAGGACGCCGCCCUGAAAGGCCCAGGCUUCUUUUCCAGCCUCAGGCACGGGCCCAUACAGAAGUGCACCUGUAUAGCAAGGCCCGGAUUUUUCAAUGCCCAGACCUCUUCCUUUUGCUCUUUUCAGGUUUGUGAAUCUCGAGGCAAGCUGACUGUGUGGGUAUAGGGGAGUGACAGGCCUGGCAGCACGUCCUCUGCCCUCCGUCCUCUGGGCGGUGGGGGGAUGUGUGCUUUCCUCCUCCACGGGGUCGUGAAUAUGACCGGGCUCUGCUGCCGUCUCCUUCAGGGACCUCUGGAUCACUGGGACUUCAGGAUGCUCCCGAGACCACAGCAGAGGCCCCCAUCCUCCCAACUAACCUGCAUGGGGCUUGGCCCACCACCAUUGUGUACUCGUCCCCCAGCCCAGGCCUUGACCUUCUGUCGUUCACUGGCCAGUCCGCCGUGUCCGCGGCAGUCCUGGACAAAGGUCUGCUUUGCGUUUCUGUGGUCAGUGCGGUGGGGCAGAACUGCAGGGGACUUUGCUGCUGCUCCUUGUGUCUGUGAAGAAGGACUGCCUCCCUGGGGCACGGCUCUGGCUGACCCUGUGUGUCUUGGGCGGUGGCUCCUUUGGGAGGGAUGAACAAGUUAAGAUUUGAUGAUUUUCCAAAGUGUACGUGUAAAGAAACUUUCUUUUGGAGGGUGUAAAAUCUUUCUUAGUCUCAUAUCAAAAAAAGGUGGGAGGGACGUUUGGUUGUGUAGCUAUAAGACAAAUCUCUGGGGCCUGUUAUCUCUCCUGGAAAUGUCCUCAAAAGGUCCCAGCCAGGGACAGCACAGCCACUGAGCAAGGGAGAGAUAGUCUGAAGGGCUAGUCUGAAGACAGUCCCUUUUGGCCUUUGGGGCAGACAGAGUACCGGCAUAACCUCGGAUCUCCAAAUUUGAACACCUUCCUAGAGAAGCUCAGCUGCCAUCUUAGAAAAUAGUCAUCAUGGACCCAGCUAUACUUUGGUUUAAAAUAGGACAAGGGGAUCAGACCUGGGGAACCUAGACUCUUGCCCAAAGUAUGGGUCAGUCAGUGACUGACAGGGGCGCCAGCAUUGGCUAAGUAUCUCUCAUAUGCCAGGCUUGGCAAGUUCUUAGAACCCAUCCCCGCCCUCCCUGAGAGAGCUAUUCACCUGUUAUCCUUAUUUUACAACCGAAGACACUGAGGCAUCUUCCUCAGUCAUGAUGUUCUGGUUUCCAAAAGGCAGGUAAUAGUGAUGAGACUUCUUUGUAACGUUUUCUUCAUCCUUUUCUCAGCCAAGCAAUUAUUAUAUGGACGGAAAAUAAGGCCAGAAAUUUCUGAGCAGCGAACUCCACAAAUGGGAAUUUAAUUCUUUCUUUCCUAUGCCAAUUUUUCUGGGAAGCUCAGAAUUUCAGAUAUAUUUCAGCAACUCAUUCCCAGCUCCCCAGGAAAGCUAGUCCCAUCUCCUUUCUUAGCCAGUGAAAACAAUUCCCUGUGCCCUCAGGCGGUGAGGUCUGCCAGCCAGGGACACUCUACCUUGGUCUCUAGCUGGUGCUUUGGUACAGUACCUGGCAGCCCCCGGGUGGCCUGGGAUCCAGGAAGCUUCAUCUUGAAGGCUGGUCUAGCUCCAGAGCGGCCAUGAGAAGCAUAGAAUUCAAUAAGGCACAGUGUUCUCCCUAAAGAACUUACUGUAUCCUGGGAAAACUGAACCACAGCGCAAAGUGUUACACGAGCCUCACAGCAAGAGAGAUUCAGCGUAGAGCUUUCUAGAGGAGGUGACAUCCAUUCCACUGGGUAGAAAAAGGAAGAAAAGGAAACUCAGGCCAAGGUAUCAGCAUAUGCAAAGACAAAGAGGUGUGCAGAAUCCUUGGCGGGGGGGCGGGGGGGGGGUGCGGUGAGAUGGCAGAUCAGCUCAACUAGAGCAGAACAUGGCAGGAGGACAGCCAGGGUCAGGGGGCAAAUGCUCCACCAGCAGGGCAGACUUGGCCCCUGCGGGCAAGCAGGACGCAGUGGAGCUUUGAGUGAUGCGCUCAGCUCAGUGCUAGAGGAGGCUCCCUCUGGGGCCAGUGGGGCUGCCUCUUUCCUUUCAUCAGACACUGUGAAAAUGGUCCCUUAAGCGUAUACUUUUUAAUAUCACAUCUAUUUGUCUGUCUGCUCAUUAUUUUGUUGCUGGAUCAGGAGACGCAGCUUCUGUGAGAAACUCAGGGUCUCUGCUCUGCCACGAAGCAGGGUGACCAAGCCAGACCCCUGGGCCCAUGAGGACGGGACAUGGAAGGAGCCCACAGAAGCUGUUCCCGUCAGCAUGGGCUCUGGAACUGUCUGGAAGUCCAGGGACACCAGACUCGAUCAAGGAAGGGCUGUCACUUCGGAGGUUCAAAAGGAAGCAUCUCAAAGCAAAAGAAGGCGGAGGAGCCCCACCAUGAACUUGCUCUUCCCCUUUCAUGGUCCCUUUUCCCGGUCCCCAGGCCCUGGCCCCCUGCUGGCCUCCCCUGGCUCUAGUCUCGGCCUUCAAGGAGCCUGUGACAUAGCAGAUCAGCCAGCUAUAUGCUCCUCUCUCAGAUCUGGGCUCAUCCGUACAGAAUGGGGGCUGGGAGAGGGUUGUGCUCUCUAACAAACACAAAGAAACCCUAGGAUUUACUCUGCUCAGGAGGGGGCAGAAUAGCUGGCAGAUGAAAAUGACAGUGGCUUCUAUCAUUUCAGAUGGUAGGAAUUUAGAAUGUGACUUUGGGGAGAAGGAAUUAUUUAGAAUGAAAACUCGGGCCGUGCUGGGUAACCCAACAAGGGCCAGUGAUGGUUCCCCCAGCUCAGCACCCCUGGCCCCCGUCACUUCCUCACAACCCAACCGCCCUCCGGAGGAUGCAGGGCAGUGAACAGUCUCCGGCCAGUUUACACUGGAAGACACUGAGGCUCGCGGAUGGGGAUGCUUCCCCCAAGAUCCCACGUGGCAAGAAUGUGGCAGGACGUGGAUGAGACGGGGCGCUGGUGCCCGGGAAUUUGGACUUGAUCCCAGGAAAGCUCAUGGGCAAACAGCACCUCCCCCGGGGUACUCUACACUUACGGGGCAGGCUCACCGUUCACGACGCAGAGGGAAGUGGAACUCAUGGUCUCUGGGUCUCCACGACGGGGGCCAGCCUCCUGUCUCUGGGCUGCCCAAGAGAGUCCCCUCACUUAGCACAAAGCCUCAUGGCUCUCACCUCCUAGACGUGGACCCUGUUUGGAGGAGAGGCAAGGAAUUAACGAGAAGCCAGGUACUGUCCCCACCUGACUGCACGUCUGGCCUAGACAUCUUCGGGAUGUAUCCUAGCUGCAUCCUAACACGUCGUCCUCUCCUCCUUUCUGGUACAAAGGUCCUGGGGCCGGGGGGCUCUGAGCCUCUAGAUGGCUACAGCACGCCUCCCGUUGUGGGAGCAGAAGGGGUCAGAUUGCUUUUACACUGUCUCUGGAUGUAGCCCGGGCAGUGGCCUGCCUGCCAGAUGUCAGCCUUCCCGUGCAAGCAGCAGACCCUGUGCUGGAGACUGUAAACGGGAGCUCACCGAAUUCUUCCAGCGUUCCUAAGAAGUGCUUCUAAUUGUCACCAUUUUAUACAUGAGGAGACUGAGGUUCAGAGGGGUGAAGUCGUUGGCCCACAGUUCCACCACAGCUAGUAAAGGAGGGAGCCAGGAUUUAAACUGGUUCUUUUGACUUCAAAGACAAUAUUUUCCCAUGUCUCAGAUUUUCCCAUGGGGGGGGGGGGCUACCCAUAACAGCAAAGACUAGAGUGAAACAGGCCCAAUGGAUCUUGUAAAGCCCAAAGCAGACAAUGGUCAGCUUAAAAUUCCUUCAGUUUCAUGUCUAGCAAUUCACAUAAUAUUUGCAUUCUUCUCUAAUUUAGCCUGAUUUGUUUUCAUAGAAGUGCAUAAAUAUUUUUUUAACCAC